AUGGCUUCCCUCGCCGAAUCGGCAGAGGCUUCCUCCUCGAGAGUCACUGCCGUCCAGCAGCAGCAGCAAGUCCCACUCACGCUCAAGACGUCGAUCCCAGAUCUCUCUCUGCCGCCUACUUCCUAUCUCGUGCCAACUAAUUUCUCUCGCGCCCAUCUCUCUACCCUCGUCAACCGCCUUCUAGCGCAGACCGCCAAUCUCACAACCACCGUACCAUUCGACUUCAUCGCUGAUGGCCAGCUUCUCAGAGAGUCUCUUGAGUCGUGGCUGGAUAAGAAUGGCAAGACGGUCGAAGAGGGCAUCGAGCUGGAGUAUAUCAAGUCUACAUUACCUCCCAAGUGGGCAGGCUCCUUCGAGCACGACGAUUGGGUAGCCAGUAUUGAUGCUAGUAGGGAGGGGACUUUCCUGACUGCCUCCUACGACUCCUGCAUUCGCCUCUUUUCCUACGCCUCACCGCAAGAGGCUGUACUCACUCACAAAGUAGUCUCAACGGGCUCAUCGGCCCAGUCGUUAGUCGACGCUAAAUGGCUCGGCUCCUCUUCCCGCAUAGUCACAGCCGCUGUGGAUGGCACUGUGCGGAUCUUUACGGUUCCCGAGGCCAAUUUCACUUCUGAAACACCAGGACAGAUACCGGGAGCGGGAAGAACAGCCAUGGGACCGUCGGCAUUGACCUCUCUUUCCGUUUCACCAGAUGGAGAGGCCGUCUUGAGCGCUUCUCGAGACGGUAGUGUGGGAUACUGGAAAGUUGGAGAUGUUGAGAUCUCUCCCUCGGAGGCAACAGGUGUGGAUGACCAGGCAGACGAAGAUGCGAAGCGCAAGCGGCGGAAGGGAGUCAAUGGCAAGGCUUCCUCAGCGCUUCAAGCUAAGAAGCCUUCCGCCCUGUUGUGGCACUCUCCACCAGCACUCCUCAACAACGAUGUUUAUGCUCCUUCCAACAACGCCCGUGUUUCGCAAGCUGUCUUUUCCAAGACCUCGUCCGAGGUUGCUUAUUCCGCUGGCUAUGAUGGCAAGGUGGUCGAGUGGGAUCUCUUCGGCGCGAUUCAGGGUGGCAACCCGAAGCUGAGCCAGAAGACGUCUGACAAAGUCAUCCUCUGUUUGGACAGUAUGAGCGCAUCGGCUAGAGGUAGUUCAAGCUCAGCUGUCUGCGUGACCGGACACAUGGAUAGGAGUAUUGGUAUCUGGGAUAUGAGGUCGGCAUCGGCAAACAUCUCGCUUCUCCUUCCCAACGCCCAUGGUGCUCCCGUAUACACGGUCAGCUCUCAUCCACAAUCCCCAAAUCUCCUCUGCUCGGCCAGUGGAGACGGUGUAGUGAAGUUGUUUGACACCCGGUCGCCGCGCAGAGCGCUCUUCUCACUCGCUCGUCCCCAAGCAGCUGCUCCCGCAGGUGCAGUCACCGGGAGCUCCAAGGAGAAGCUGUUGGCCAGUGCGUGGGAUUGCGGAGGACAGGUCGUGCUAGCCGGAGGUGAGGACUGCAAGGUCAACAUCUUCCGUGGCGAGGGAAUUGGUAUUGAAAGGCCAGGUCUUGCGUAG